GUGAUCAUUGUGUGAUGAUUAUUUCUCGAUCAUGGAUGAUGUUUAUAUGACUUGGGAAAACUCCAGUAACGGUUCGUCAGUGAACGACACGCGUGUUUUCUCGAAUCAGUUCGUUCAGCCGGUGUGGCAGGUGGUCGUGUGGGCUGUGGGUUACUGCUGUAUAGUUCUGGUGUCGGUGGUCGGGAACGUCACAGUCAUUUGGAUCGUUUUUGCGCACAAGCGCAUGCGGACUGUCACCAAGUACUUUCUGGUGAAUCUGGCGUUUGCUGAAGCGUCCAUGUCCGUGUUUAACACCGUUAUUAACUUUGUGUACGCGGUUCAUAAUGAAUGGUACUUCGGUUUGGUUUAUUGUCGCUUUCACAACUUCUUCCCAAUAGCUGCAGUGUUCGCCAGUAUUUACUCAAUGACCGCUAUCGCCCUGGACAGGUAUAUGGCAAUAAUCCAUCCUCUCCAGCAGCGUCUGUCGUCCACUGAGACUAAGUUAGUAGUGGGUGUGAUCUGGGCCCUGGCACUGCUCCUGGCGUUCCCUCAGUAUUAUUUCUCCAGCACCGCUCAGCUCCCGGGACGGGUCGUCUGUUACAUCAACUGGCCAGAAUUCAGCGUGUGGGAUUUUCAAAAGACGUAUUACGUCUGUGUGGUUGUGCUCAUUUAUUUCUUACCGUUGCUGGUCAUGGGCUGUGCGUAUCUGGUGGUGGGAUGCACUCUCUGGGCCGGUGAGAUUCCUGGAGACUCUUCGGAUCGCUAUCGAGAGCAGCUCACUGCCAAACGAAAGGUGGUGAAGAUGAUGAUUGUGGUCGUGUGCACCUUUGCCGUCUGCUGGCUGCCGUAUCACGUCUAUUUUCUGCUGCAUCAGUUCUUUCCCAACCUGUUUGAGGAGCGCUACAUCCAGCAGGUGUACUUAGGAAUCAUGUGGCUCGCCAUGAGCUCCACCAUGUACAAUCCCAUCAUCUACUGUCUGCUCAAUGACAGAUUUCGAGCUGGAUUUCAGCAGGCGUUCUCCUGGUGUCCAUGUGUUCCUCAAGGCACGUAUGAAGGUCUGGAGCUCAAAUCCACCCGCUAUCUACAGACUCAGGCCAGCAUCUACCGCGCCAGCCGGAUGGAAACCACAAUAUCCACAGUGAUGCCAGCCGGAGACGGAGACCUGCAGGAGAACCACAGUCGAGUUUCAACAGAUCUCACAUCCAACGGUUCUUCACGAAGCGUCUCUAAGACGGUCUCGGAGUCUUCCAGCUUCUAUUCGAGCAACAACCUCGCUUAGAGCAUUCUUUUCUUGAAAUAUCAAGAGGUCCAACGCUCACUUUUCCUCAAGAAUAUUUGCAUAUCAGUCAAAAUAUUAUUGAGUACAAUGCAUAGUACAUACUGUAAUCUCUUUAAAUCUAUUUAAAACAAUGAGAUAAUGUAUUGCACGUGUAAUUUUCUCUCAUUACUAGUACACGAGUUUUGAGAGACGGUUCGGAGCAGCUGGUCAGCAGUCAUCCCUACAGGAAUCUUCCCGUCAACCCAUCUGACCGGUGUUCGCACACUGGCAUUCCAGGACCUGAUUUAUUUAGGAAAACCGGACCAGCUGAUGCCCUUAGCAACAAUUUGUCAGUCGUCCAUCAAGGUUACGGGGGGUUGUUGGGGAUCUGAUGGGCAGACGCAGAAGAGUCGCACCUGUUGGCGUAUAUUACUGGACUACAGAGGCGACAAAAGAUUUAUAUGUGUGGUGUGAGCGCUGCUUUGAUGCGUUCAGAGGAACAAAGAUUGGGCAGUGCUGCACCUUUUGAACCGCUCACAGCUGCAUGCAUUACUGCGGCAUCUCAAACCUCCUGACGGUCGCAUGUUUAAACACAGACCUGCUUACAUCUAACUCUACAUACAGCACUUACGCACCAGCUGCACCAUUUCACUUUUAUUCUUUACGGUUUGUGUGAUUCAUUGUUCCACAAAACAAAGUCCAAACCACACCUACAAAACUCUAUGACCAGUACGGCUCUGACUGGUGUUUAUGUUGAAUCCUGCAGUAGAAGUGUUUGUGUU